AUGCAUGAACUCUCCCUUUUCUCCCAUGUUCCGAAUUCGAGGGUUGCCCACGUCACACGCGCCUUGAAGACAGUCACGGGCAUGUCUGGCGCCCCAUUACUCGAGCAUCAUCUUAUCUACAAACCUAAACGAAACCGGCAGACUAUCGGGGGCCCGGUCAGCGGGAACAAUAGCGCUGGUCCUGCAAAUACUGCAGCUACUGGCGACUUUUACUAUCUCCAACUCGUUGCUGAUAUUCUCAAGAACGAAAGCCAAAAUGAUACUCUCGUCGCAGAGCAGCCGGGGGUUCUCGCGCCUGGCCAAUCACACGGCGAUGCUAUGGAGGUUGACUCAAUAAAUGCGGCGGUGGAGCAAAGCGUAAAGUUCACAAAAACUGAAAAAGCUCCAUAUGAUAUUCGAAAGCAAAAGUGGACAAUACGUUUCUCGGACCUCCCAGAAGUAAAUGGCAAGAGACCAGUGACAUCACGCAUGGUUCACAAUGCAGGAGUUCAUGAGGGUGACGCCCUGUCAUUCGUCGAUAGCCUAGGCUAUACACCUGUAUCCGAGUACGUCCUCUCCGGGGAUUACUUUGUUUAUCAUAAUGUCUACGUUACUAUAACAAGGAUACUGCUACCGCCACAGUCGUUUUCACCAUUACCUACGCAUACUCUUCGUCAAUUAGAUCCUGCGGAUUCGUUCUUGCUCCAAGCGUCUAUAAAGGUUUCGAGUGCUAAUGAGCAGGAGACCAUGAAUAAGGGGGUCGAGGAGCUAAAGACGAUAAGGGCUGAACUUAAAGGAGUGAUUGAGCUAGAGCCUGGGGAUCGGUUAAGUCUUGAUACUAGAGUCCGGUGA